ACUUCGUGCCAAGAAAACACUUGCAAAUCUUUUCUGUUUUCUUCUUGCUAGUGAGUAUUAUUCAGAGCUCAGAAAUGGCACAAAAUGGGCACACAGACCUUGAGAAGCAGCUGCUGCUUCUCCAAGACCACGAGGAGAAGCACUUCAUGUCCAGCGAGAUUGUCCGGGACAUCAUCAUCGGUGUCUCAGAUGGCCUCACUGUUCCUUUUGCUCUCGCCGCCGGUUUGUCCGGCGCCGAAGUCCCGUCUUCCAUUAUUCUCAUUGCUGGAAUUGCUGAAGUUGCUGCCGGAGCCAUCUCUAUGGGGCUUGGCGGGUAUCUUGCGGCACAGAGUGAAGCUGAUCACUACUUGAGGGAACUAAAGAGAGAAGAAGAGGAGAUCGUUGCUGUUCCUGAUAUAGAAGCCGCUGAGUGUGCAGAAAUAUUAGCACAGUACGGGGUGGAGCCACAUGAAUAUGAACCUGUAAUUAAUGCUUUAAGGAGGAACCCUCAAGCGUGGCUUGAUUUUAUGAUGAAGUUUGAGCUGGGGCUGGAGAAACCAGAUCCAAUGAGAGCACUGCAAAGUGCCCUGACAAUUGCCAUUUCAUACAUAAUCGGAGGGUCGGUGCCCCUGAUGCCAUACGUGAUAAUCCCAGUUGCCACAAAGGCUCUUUUUGCAUCUGUUGUUGUAACUUUACUGGCGUUGGUGAUUUUUGGAUUGGCAAAGGGUUACUUCACCGGCAAUCAACCCUUCAAGAGUGCCUUCCAAACUGCCCUCAUUGGAGCAAUUGCAUCCGCAGCUGCUUAUUCCAUUGCCAAGGUUUUCCAAGCAUAGCGGCCCUAGCGCACCAUCAUCAUCAUCAUCAUCAUCCUCAUCAAACAAACUAGUUUCCUUCUUUUUUUCUUUUGUUUCUCUGUUUCUGUUUCUCUGUACUUUUUUCAUUUUUUUUUUUCGUUUUUCUGGUUGGACGUGUUCUUUAUCCAUCCGUUUCGAGCUCGUUGUAUAUUUUUUCUUUUUGGAUGAAUGAAUUUUAAU